UCAAUCAAUCAAUCAAUCCCCUUCCUCACAAUCACAACCCCUCCCUCCCUACCACGUGCUGUACUCUGCUGCCGCCGGACCGCCGGACGGAUCGGAGCGCCGCGGCUUCUCCAGGCACGGCGUGAGCCUCUCCGACCACCUCCUCCUCUCCAGGUUCAGCGCCAAGGGCUACGGCGCGAGCUGCUCUGGCGGCGCGUGAACCAUAACGCGGCGCCGGCGCGACGCGGGUCUCUCCGACCUUCUCCUCUACAGCUCUGAAUAAUUCCCAGCCGUACUCCACUCUGAACUCUGGCUCCCCGUGUUCUCCGGCACCCUCUCCAGAUUCAGCGACAAGGAUCUCACCGUGUGUGUGAUGAGUUGUGUUUCUGCCUGUCCUGGCCUGUGAGUUCUGCACUGUACUGCUGUCCAUUAUGAGGUAGAACAAGUCGAGCUUGGUUGCAGCCCUUCGUCCUGUACUUACCACACAUGGUGUGGCAGAUCUCUCAAGUUUCGUUGAGGGCUCCGUGGAUGCGUUUACUGUCUUGGAUUUCAUCGCCGUUUCGGUUCUUCAUGAGGUCACCGCCACAUCUUCAUAUUGGUCACCAUGUACAGCCUCCAUCCGUCACAGCCAAUUGACCCACACAAGCAUAGCUCAACUGCAGCUCUGAAUAAUUCCAUUCUCUGCUCUUAACUGCAGCUCUGAUUCGACAGCCUAUCCAGAUUCAGUGCAAAGGAUCUCACUGUGGGGUGCGCUAAGUCUAUGUGCUGGAUCUCUCACAUGCUCUGGUCGACCUUACUUGGAACUUGGAACAUGGAACAUUUGGCCGUUUGCUAACUACAGUCUGUACAUUGUAAAUUAUCUUUCUGGUUCGCCGGCAGAUCUCUCAAGUUUGGUAGCUUGGGAGAGAUCUCUCAAGUUUGGUAGCUUGGGAGAGACCUCUGAAGUUUGGUUGCUCGGGAGAACGCUUGUGUUGAGGUUGACAGCUCCGAGGCUGCCUUCACUCUCUUGGAUUAUAUCAUCGUUUUGGUCGCUCACGGGGCUGCCGUCAACGCCACAGUCUUCAUAUUGGUCUUUGCAGCAUUGACAAAUAACAACACCAGGUAUGCUGGUGGAUAUUUCCUAGUUUGUGACUUGCAAAUUAUCUCUCUGAUUCGGCCGGCGGAUCUCUCAAGUCUGCUCAUUUUGGAGGGAGAACGCUGGUGUUGAGGCUGUGUUCACCGUCUUGGAUUUCACCCCCCCACAGCCUUCAUCUUGGUCGCCGCCGUGGCGUCGGCAACACCAGAUCUCUCAAGAUUGAUCGUUUUGGAGGGAGAACACUGGUGUUGAGGCUGAGGGCUCGGAGGCACUCUCUUGGAUUUCACCGCCACAGCCUUCGUCUUGGUCGCUGCAGUGGCCUCGACACACCGGUACACAACCUAUUGACCCACACAAACAAACAUUCAGUAAAUGGAGGCGACGGCCAUCAGCAUUGGUAAGUCCGUGUUGAGCGGGGCGCUCAACUAUGCCCAAUCGGCUGUGGCCGAGGAGGUGGCUCUGCAGCUCGGCGUCCAGCGUGACCACUCCUUCAUUUCGGAUGAGCUCGAGAUGAUGCGAGGUUUCCUGAUGGCCGCACAUGAUGAACGGGACGACAACAUGGUGGUGAAGAUCUGGGUGAAGCAAGUCCGUGAUGUGUCCUAUGCUGUCGAGGACUGCCUCCUGGACUUCGCUGUACGUCUUGAGAAUCAAUCCUGGUGGUGUCUCUCUCGCAAGGUGCUAGCCCGGCGUUAUGUGGUGGAGCAGAUGAAGGAGCUCAGAGCCAAGGUGGAGGAGGUCAGCCAGAGGAACCAACGGUAUCACCUCAUCAAGAGCUCUAGCUCCAAGCCUGCCUCCGGUGUUGGGCAGCCUACCAUCUCCAGUACAGUGACGUUGUCUGCUGAUGACGAAGCAAGGGGGCAGCACAACAAGGCAAAAAUGGAUCUUGUUGGACUGAUCAACAACAAGGAUGACGACCUUAAUGUGAUAGCGGUGUGGGAAACAACUGCUGGUGAUCUAGGUGACAUGCAGUCCAUCGUCAAAAGUGUGUAUGAAGAUCCCAAGAUACGUAAAAAGUUUGAGUGCCAUGCCUGGAUCAGGUUUAUGCUUCCUUUCAAUCUAAUAGAUUUCAUCCAGAGCAUUGUCACUCAAUUCUAUGUUAAUUGUCUUCUGGAUGCAAGGGAAGAAGAAAAAGUAAUUCGCCGGGCCCAAAUUCUGAAAUUGAUGGGUACACCCAACAAUGAUGAUUUGCCUCAUGAGUUCAGGACUUACCUGAAUGAAAAGAGUUAUCUGAUUGUGCUCGAGGAUGUACACACCAUUGAAAAAUGGAACUACAUCACAGCAUGGUUCCCAAAAAACAAGAAAGGGAGCAGAAUUAUGGUGUCCACAAAGGAAGUUAAAGUUGCGAACUUAUGUAUAGGGGAAGAAAACGGAGCACCAGAGCAUAAGCAAUUAUUGGAUAAUCAGACAGUUCAUGCUUUCUACAAGAAGGGUUUUCAAGAUGGAAAAUUUCCAGAGGAGGCAGGGUCUAGCUCAGAUAUCAUCUCUGAAGAUACUGAUAGCUCCACACACAUGGAAGUCCAGGGGGUUGAUAGUUUAGAGGAAUCUCAGCUCAUCGGGCGAGAAUCUGAAAAGGAGAAAGUCAUCCAACUUUUUUCACAUAACAGUGACCAACAGGUUAGGGUGAUCUCAUUGUGGGGAAUGGGUGGCGUCGGAAAAACCACACUAGUCAGGGACAUAUACCAAAGAAAAGAGAUUAGUGGCAUGUUUGAGAAGCGUGCUUGUGUCACAGUCAUGCGUCCUUUCAAUUGCAUUGCUCUUCUUCAGAGCUUAGUUGUGCAAUUAAGAGAGAAGAAGGAGGAAACAGAUCUAGCCACAUGUUUGAAGCAAAAGAGAUAUUUUCUUAUCAUUGAUGAUCUAUCAUCCACAACGGAGUGGGAUGCUAUAAAAGAGCACCUACCAGAAACAGCAGGAAGCUGUAUAAUAAUCACCACACGGGAAAAGAAUAUUGCUGAGCAUUGUUCAAAGGUGGAAACAAACCAUAUAAUCCAGCUCAACAAUCUAUGUCCUGAUGAUGCACGUGUCCUCUUCACUAAAAAGGUAUUUAAGAAGACCAUAAAUUUGGAUGAGCAGUACCCAGAUCUGGUUGAACAAGCAAAACUGAUUUUGAGGAAGUGCGGAGGGCUUCCCCUUGCACUAAUCACCAUAGGUGGGUUCUUGGCAAACCAACCAAAAAUUGCUUUUGAAUGGAGAAAACUAAAUGAGCAUAUCAGUGCUGAGUUGGAGAUGAAUCCUGACCUUGAGACUAUAAAAGCAGUCCUUAUGAAAAGAUAUGAUGGUUUACCCUAUUACCUCAAGGCUUGUUUCUUGUAUCUGGCCAUUUUCCCUGAAGACCAGCAGAUUGCACGGAGACGCCUAGUACGUCGGUGGCUUGCAGAGGGUUACUCAAGUGAGAUGUGUGGCAAGUCUGUAGAGGAAGUAUUGGACUCUUACUUCAUGGAACUAAUAAGCAGGAGCAUGAUCCUGCCAUCUCAACUGUCAAUUCAUAGUAGGAAAGGAAUUGACUCCUGCCAUGUCCAUGAUCUCAUUCGUGAAAUUGCCAUCUCAAAGGCUAUGGAGGAAAAUCUUGCAUUCACAUUGGAGGAAGGCUGCAGCUUAAACAACCAAGGCACAGUGCGUCAUCUUGCUGUAAGCAGUGAUUGGAAGGGGGAUCAAAGUGAGUUUGAGAAUAUAGUAGACUUGUCCCGUAUACGACCGUUGACAGUGUUUGGAAAUUGGAAGCCAUUUUACAUUUCUGAUAAGAUGAGGUUGCUACGAGUGCUGGAUUUGGAAGGCAAGUGGGAUCUAGUUGAUCAUCAUCUUGAGCACAUUGGGAAGCUUGUACAUCUUAGAUAUCUUUCUCUAAGGGGACAUGCUGAUAUAUUUCACCUGCCAAAUUCGUUGGGGAACCUGAGACAACUCCAGACACUAGAUAUUUCAGGUACAAGCAUAGUGAAGCUGCCAAGGACCAUCAUCAAGCUUGUGAAGAUGCAACGCAUUCUUGCUAGUGAAAUAGGGGACAUGCAACCUAACAUAUAUGCAAAUAGGCAGUCGAUAAUGACUUUGCCUUUAAAUUCAAUUCGUUGUUGUCUGGCUUGUUGUGUACCUAAUCAUGUGGGAAAGGAGAUUCUGGGACUUGCUGAUGGUAUACUUAAAAGGCGUGAUGUAUGCACUGCGUUCUGCUGCAGCAUAUUACCUUACUAUGCAGCAGGACGAAAUCGAGGUGGUGUUGAAGUCGCCAGAGGGAUUUGGAAGCUGAAGGCCUUGCACACACUGCGUGUUGUGGACAUCUCAGUAGGGAAGGCUGCUCUGGAAGAUAUAGAAAAGCUCACCCGGUUGCGCAAGUUAGGAUUGACAGGCAUCAGCAAGAGAAACAGUCAAGAGUUGUGUUCAGCAAUUGCUUGUCUCAGCAGCCUGGAGUCCUUGUCACUGCGCUCACAUGGAGAGACAUGUUUAUCAGGCUGCUUGGAUGGCCUGUCCUCACCUCCAGAAAACCUGCAGAGCCUCAAGUUGAUAGGCAACCUGGUUAAACUGCCGGAGUGGAUCCAGGAUCUGAAAAACCUCAUGAAGCUGAAGCUAGAGGGGUCAAGGAUAUCGGAUCAAGAUGCAGCCAUACAAGUCCUCGGCAGUCUACCAAACCUGGCCAUCCUACGUCUAUUGUACUCGUUUGAUGGUGAGGAGGUCCGUUUCAGUUUUCGUCGGGAGGCAUUCCCGAGCCUGAAGGUGCUGGAGCUGAAUUGCAUAGGAAACCUCAAGUCGGUGGGAUUUGAAGAAGGAGCAGCCCCUAAGCUUGAGUUGCUACAGUAUAUUGGUUGGAGCGCUAGUCUCAGGGUUGGGCUGUUCUCUGGGUUACUAUACCUCCCAAGCCUCAAGGAAUUUAUGCUGUAUAGGGGGAACUGGGGGAAGACUGAGUUCGUGGAGCACUUGCAACUCCCCUUUCAUCUAUCUUUAUUUUCAUGUAGUACGAUUGAGUUGAUGUAAGCUGCACGGUGGUACGCUAGCAAAUGGCUUUCGUUUUGUUCAUCCGUCACGACUCAUUGAUUUCUAUGCCUGUUUGUGUGAGCGCAGUUCA